CCCUCGACGAUAAAAGGUUUCAUGAUGGGCGGAAGGUUUUAAUGUCGUCGUAGUCGGUAAUUGAAAAUUUAAAAAUGAUACUCAGGAACAGGAAGAAACUGCCGGCUGUUGAGAUAAUAAAAAAGCUAGAUUAUUUUCCAAAAGUGAACAAAGAUGAUUAUGUGAAGAGGUCGAAGGUAGGAGGAGUAGUCACUGUGUUAGUUUAUGUAAUUAUAUUACUCUUAAUUAUAUACGAGCUUGAAUCUUACUUUAUGAGCAAUGUUAACUUUAAGUUUGCACCUGAUACUGAAUUUGAUGCAAAGCUGAAUGUCAAUUUGGAUAUAACUGUCGCUACACCUUGUCAUAGUGUGGGAGCAGAUAUUCUUGACAGUACAAAUCAAAAUGUAAUGCUGUUUGGGACAUUGCAAGAAGAAGACACAUGGUUUGAUAUGAGUGAGGAGCAGAAAUCUCAUUUUCAAGACAUUAGAUAUUUUAACAACUAUCUCCAAAAUGAAUUUCACGAGAUACACGAAUUACUUUGGAAAUCUGGACACUCUUUCAUGCCCACCGGUCUUCCAAAAAGAAAAGAAACACCAAAUUAUAAUCCUGAUGCAUGUCGCCUAUUUGGUUCGUUGGAGCUAAACAAAGUUGCUGGGAAUCUUCAUAUUACUGCGGGAAAAUCAUUCCCUCUUCCAGAUGGAGGGCAUAUUCAUGUACCACUGUUUAUCGAUAAAAGCUCAUUCAACUGUUCCCACCGAAUUCACCAUUUUUCAUUUGGAAAUUCAAUUGUUGGAAUUAUUAAUCCUCUGGACGGCGAUGAAAAAAUAACACAAGACUAUAUGACACUUUAUCAAUAUUUCAUUGAAAUAGUUCCAACAGAUGUAGAAACGUUUUUAUCGAAGGCGAAAACAUAUCAGUAUUCUGUCAAAGAAAACAAAAGACUAAUCAAUCAUGAUAGUGGAUCUCAUGGAAUUCCAGGUAUAUAUUUUAAAUACGAUUUUAGUGCUUUAAAAGUCACUGUGACACAAUCACGAGAACCUCUAUUGCAAUUUUUAAUAAGACUUUUCUCUACAAUUGCUGGAGUUUUCAUCACUGCUGGUUUCCUUUGCAAUUUAGUGCAUUUGCUAUUGGCGAAGUUUGGGAUGACUCAAACUGAAGAGGAAUCAAUAAAAUUGCUUAGUCAAUCACUGGAAUAUGACAAGAUUGUUAUUUAAUAAAUCUUUUUUUUAAACACA